AUCCCGGACCCCACUCCGACUCCACGUGACAAGAUGCAGUGCAGCCUGUGGGCUCUGGUAUGGGGGGCACUGGCACUGGCGGGUGCCCCAGGGCCCGCAGACCCUCUGGUCCUGGCGCUGGAUGCGGCCCCCAAGCCAGAUGCGGCCCCUGUGCCGGACACAGCACUGGAUGUGGCCCACGUGGCGGCGCUGGACACGGCGCUGGGCUUGCGGCUGUUCCAGGCCGUGGUGGCUGCAGCCCCUGGCAAUGCGGCACUGUCGCCCACCGGUGCUGCCGCCCUCCUGCGUGCCCUGCAGCUUGUGGCCCGUGGGCCAGGCCAGGCCCAGCUCCGCACUGCCGCUGGAUAUGCCCCUCAUGAGCCAGGUGCGGGGCAGCUGGAGGUGGCACUGGGGGGCGCAGGGGUGGCACUGGCUGCCGGCAUCUUUGUGCAGCAUGACCUACCGCUGGUGCCUAGCACCACUGUCCUCGCACCCCUGCUACAGUGCGUCGACUUCCACCACCCCCCAAGUGCCCGGCGCGCCAUCAACGCCUGGGCCCGCACCCACACCCACGGCCGGAUCAGGGAGCUGGUGGGCGCGGGGGUGCUGGCAGGGGGGGCUGCGCGCCUGGUGCUGGCCAACACUGUCCACGUGCGCAGUGCCUGGGCCCGGCCCUUUGACCCCCGUGCCACGUGGCCCCGCCCCUUCCAUGUGCCACACCGCCCCCCCACACUCGUGCCCACCAUGGCGCAGGCGGGGCGCUUCCUCCAUGGGGAGUUUACAACUGCCGAGGGGCUGGAGUACGAAGUGGUGGAGCUACCCUAUGCCAGGGGGGGGCUGAGCCUGCUGCUGGCGGUGCCCCUGGUCCGCGACGCCCCCCUGGCACCGCUUGCCCGCACCCUCAGUGCCUCCCUGAUCCGUGCCUGGACCCGGGGCCUGACCCCCCGGCCCCGCCUGCUGCUGCUGCCCAGAUUCUCGCUGGAGGCCGAGUGUGACCUGCGCACCCCCUUGCGCGCUCUGGGCAUUCGUGACGUCUUUAACCCCCAUGCUGCCGACCUCUCCGGCCUGACCCUCGAGGAGCCGCUGUUCGUGUCCCAGGCUCUGCACAAGGUUAAGUUUGAGGUCAUGGAGGGUGGCACCGAGGCGGCUGCUGGCACGGCCGCCGUGUUCGUGGCCCGCAUGGCACCGCCGGAGCUUGCCCUGGAUCGGCCCUUCCUCUUCAUCCUGCGGCACAAUCCCACCGGUGCUGUCCUCUUUGUGGGGCAGGUCAUAGACCCCUGAGUUUUUUGGGGGGGUCUUUUGUGCCCCCCCAUAAUGGACUGGACCCCCUGGAUAACUUGGGGGGGUUAAGCCCCCCCACCACCAGGAUCGAUACCUCUGGUCUCCAUGGGUCCGGGGUGCUCCCAGAGGCCUGCAGGAACUUUCAGCAGCAUCUAGCGUCUCAGCUUGAGUUCAGCAAGAGUCAGCAAAGAGUCGGCAGGCCCUGCUGCCGAGGCUUUGGGUGUGGGAUAUUUCUAGCAGCACUGGGAGGCUGGGUCGGCGUGUCCUGUCCCCCUUACCACUGCCAGGGACUCCCUCUUGGCCGCAGGAGAUGCUGAGUCGUGACUCAGUGGUCCUGGUGGGACUGGACCCAGCCCCCCGCCCCCGAAUCAGGGCUGGGAUUGCGUGUAUUUAUAGUGCCCCAAAGCUGGGCCUGUGGGGGCUUUGCUGCCCCUUUUUGGGGGCAUUUGGGAAUAUUUAAUGAAUAAAGAGAAUUCAUUAUU